AUGAUCUUUUCUGCCUACGAAGGGCAACAGAAAGACUUGCAGUGGGUGACUGUGACGCUGACGGCCAUCUCAACAGUACUGUUGAUCUGGCGCAUCACGAACACAAUCACAAGUAGAGGUUGGCUAGGGUUGGAAGAUGUUUUCGUAAUCAUGGCGAAUAUUUGGCUCGUUCUACUGGCGGCGUUCAUUUACCGGUCGACAACCUAUGGAUUCGGCACGCGCUUAGUCGAUAUCGCAAGGGAUGGCGGAAAUGCUACCGAAGCACUCAAGUCGUUCUGGCUCACGCAGUCCUUCUACACGCUCACCAACGGCUUCAACAAAAUGGCUUUCCUGGCUUUGUAUUAUCGUGUAUUUGCUCUGAAGCGCUUUCGACAGGCAUGCAUUGUACUAGGGGUCAUAUCAGUUGGCUGGACUAUCUCAUAUGUCGUAGUCUGCAUCUUCCAAUGCACGCCGGUACCUCGCGUCUAUGACCGAACGAUACCAGGAACAUGCAUCAACUUCUUCUGGCACCGUUGGUCGAAUGCUAUCUCGAAUCUCCUUACUGACCUCGCGAUUUUCAUACUUCCAAUGCCCGUCAUCUUCAGAUUGAACAUGUCCAAAGGCUCACGAAUCGGUCUCAUGGUCCUUUUUUCAAUUGGCUUCUUCAUCUGCCUAACAACCGCUCUCCGCAUGUCCACGUUGCCACUCACCCUUCGUACCCGGGAGCCGACAUGGCAAUCUGCACCCACGAAUCUUUGGAGUUUCAUCGAGGCCGCGACGGGAGUGAUAACCGCUUGCUUAUUAAGCCUACGUAAGAGCAUCGGCGGGUUGUGGCCAAAGAGAUGGCGAAGCAACAAAGGAACGAGUGGAGCAUACCAGCAUUACAGCGGAUCCAAUGGCAUCGGGCUGGGGAUAUCGCGACCCCGCACCGGGAACGCACAUCAGGAUGCGUUCGCCAUGGGAGCAAUGCGUAGCGGUGCAAGGGGCAAGGUUGAGACUCUCGGCGACAUUAGUCCGAGUGAGAGUCAAGAGCGCAUCAUCGAAGAAUCCAAGCCGGGGGUGCAUAUCACAUCGCAACCGCGACGCAGCAACAGCACUAAAAGCGAACAUCUUGUAUUGCAGGGUAUCACUGUGACUCACGAUGUAGAGGAUAUCAGUUCAGGGUGUGAAAUCGCUGAGCGCAUCAUUCUUCACACGUUUACAACCCAACGGCGGAGCUUUAGUACAGGUUCUGCCAUGCAGCCGGACGUAUUCGACAAGCGUCAGGCUUUGGUAUCGGAGCCGCGUGUCUGUAAGGUAAGCGUUCGCCCCACCAAGCGUGGGGCGCCUUGCAUCUUGGGCGGAGGUAUCGCGGGCCUGACGCUGACCGUUGCGCUGCUCACAAAAUGCCCGCACAUAAAGGUCACGCUGUAUGAAUCUGCUGCGGCUUUUGGCGAGAUCGGCGCUGGUGUUGGGUUCUCGCCCGUCAUGGUCCGCACCAUGGGUAUGAUCGACCCACGAAUCGAGGCCGCCUUCAUCAAGUGCAACAAAGGAAACGUCAACCCAGAUCCACCGGUUUGGUUCACAGCAAGGGUGGGAGACAAGAGGAAGAAGGGCGUUGAGCUAGGGGAAGAAUCAUUCACUAUUCCAGCAAGAGAGGGACCGAAUGGUGGAGUGCAUCGUGCGCAAUUUCUUGAUGAGCUUGUCAAACUGGUUCCAGAAGGUGUUGCGCAGUUCAAGAAAAGGUUGCGUGAUAUCACAGAAGCAACUGAUGGAUCUGGAGAUGCGAUUCUCCAUUUUGCCGACGGGUCUACUGCACAGCAUAGUGCAAUACUGGGUUGCGACGGUAUCAAAUCGCGCGUACGGCAAAUUGUGCUAGGCGAUGUGCCGGAAGCGCAAGCAGUCUUCUCAGGAAAAUACGCUUAUCGUGGAAUCUUUCCCAUGACGAAGGCAAUUGAGAUCUUGGGCGAAGAGAUACCGAAAAUGCCGCAAAUGUGGCUUGGCUACCAUGCCCACAUACUCACGUUUCCCAUAGCAAAUGGAACGCUGUUUAAUGUUGUCGCAUUUGGGUCGCGACCCACUUGGGAGGAUAAGAACUGGGUGGUGCAGACGUCUCGCGACGAGAUGAUGGAAGACUUCAAACACUUCAUACCUGCCGCUCAAAAGAUCAUAGAGAAUAUGCAAAAGCCAGAUAUCUGGGCGCUGUUCUACUAUCUUCCUGCGGCAACCUACUACACCAUCAAGCCUUUGAUCUGCCUUGUAGGUGACGCUGCACAUGCCUCAACGCCUCAACAGGGGUCUGGAGCUGGCAUGUGUAUCGAGGAUGUCCACGUUCUUAGCGAGCUGUUGUCGGCAUGUCGUCAGAAAGAACAACUUACAAAUGUGUUCCAUGCGUACGAUGCAGUCCGAAGACCGCGCAGUCAGAGACUAGUGGCGACAAGCAAGGAAGCUGGUAAGCUGUGGGAGUUUGAGGGAGAAGGUGUAGGUGAUGAUUUAAAUGCUUUGCGAAACAAUGCGCUAUCGAGGAUGGAUUGGAUUUGGGAUCAUGAGAUAUCGAAGGACCUUAUGACAGCGAAACUUAUGAUGAAAGAAGGCCUGCCGAACACUCCGUAG